AACAAUCAGUCACUCUCUCACACAGUCAGACCUCUCGUCACAUUCCCAACAGCUGUGAACCAAGCAGAGCAACGAUCCUCCAACUUCCACCUCAGGAGCUUUGGAUCUGUACAGGACUUUAUCUAAAGGAUUUGUUCAAGAUCUUUUGCACCAUGGAGACCACUACUGGGGAAUAUGUUGAUAACUACGACUACUAUGACGACAAUGAGACUGCCUGUGACUUUUCAGAGUGGGAGCCUUCUUACUCCCUCAUCCCGGUCCUCUACAUGCUCAUCUUCAUCCUGGGCCUGUCGGGUAACGGCGUGGUCAUCUUCACUGUCUGGAGAUCCAAAUCGAAACGCCGGGCUGCUGAUGUCUACAUAGGCAACCUGGCCCUGGCUGACCUCACCUUCGUCGUGACCUUACCUCUGUGGGCAGUGUACACGGCACUGGGCUACCACUGGCCCUUUGGAGUGGCUCUGUGUAAGAUCAGCAGCUAUGUCGUUCUGGUCAACAUGUAUGCCAGCGUCUUUUGCCUCACCUGCCUCAGCUUUGACCGGUACCUGGCAAUCGUGCACUCUCUGUCCAGCACCCGUCUGCGCUCACGCGGCACCAUGCUGGCCUCCUUGGGCGCUAUAUGGUUCCUCUCCGGCGUCUUGGCGGUGCCCACGCUGCUCUUUCGCACCACCGUGAAUGACCUAAACAGCAACCGCACUACCUGCGCCAUGGACUUCAGCCUGGUCACUAUGAACCAGAGGCACGAGUACCUCUGGAUUGCCGGGCUCAGCCUCUCCUCCUCUGCCUUGGGCUUCCUCCUGCCUUUCUUGGCCAUGACCAUCUUCUACUGCUUCAUCGGCUGCACAGUCACGCGCCACUUCAACAACCUGCGCAAAGAGGACCAGAAGAAGAAGCGCCUAUUGAAGAUCAUCACAACACUGGUGGUGGUGUUUGCAAUCUGCUGGACUCCCUUCCACGUGCUAAAGAGCAUGGACGCCCUCUCCUACCUGAACCUGGCCCCGAGCUCCUGCGGUUUCCUGCGUUUCCUGCUGCUGGCUCACCCCUAUGCCACCUGCCUUGCCUACGUCAACAGCUGCCUCAACCCGUUCCUGUACGCCUUCUUUGACCUGCGCUUCCGUUCCCAGUGCCUGUGCCUGCUCAACCUGAAAAAGGCAAUGCACGGCCAGAUGAGUUCCAUGUCAUCCACGCUCAGCGCCCAGACUCAGAAGUCGGAGAUUCAGUCUCUGGCCACAAAGGUGUAGAGAGUCAAAGGGAAAGGUGGAGCAGUACUGCAGGCCAGUCUUAGCCCCAACCACUGGAACACUUGUAAAAAAAUAAAAAAAAAGACUUAAAGUGUCCGUCUUUAAAAGCUGGUAAGAAGAGAUGAUGAACUUGUCACUGCUCACAGUCAUGAAAUCCAUGAAGAGAUGGACGCUCUGUUGUGUUUUCUGGACUUGAAGCUGGAGCCAGCCGGCUGAGCUCUUUAGCUAUACUUCAUUCCUCAAAUUCUCAGAGAAAAAAAAGUUUAUUUUUGUUCGUCCUGCUCUGCAAACCUUCUCAUUUCUACCACAAUAGCACACACUGAUGUCGGGAAUUGUGACACAAUUUACAUGCAAAUCUGUUUACACUGGAAGAAACAUAAAGCUGUACAGUAUUUUCAUACCAUAGCAUUUUUUUUCUUGUUCAGAUUUAUUGCUGUUUUGUUUUAGAAGCACUUGUUGAAUAAAAAAAAAAUAUGUGAGCAGGGAAAUCCGA